CCCGGGUGGAAAGAGGAAGCUUGGAGUGCGAGCAGCAGGAGAAAGAGAACGUGGAGGGAUGUUUUUCAACCGGGCGCUAUGAUUCUCCCUCUGCGAGGGGUGUGAGCCUUUGCUGCUUUUGUGCACCUCUCUGGGACACAUGGCCUUGAACAGGAGGAGUGAAGUGUUCCAGAAGAAAGUCCUGGAAAAACUCUUCCCUGCUCCUGUACUUCCCGAUGUAGUUUCUUCAAGCAUAGAAAGCACUGCUGUUUUGAAAGGUGCAGUUGCAAUUCAGGAAGAGCCAAAAAAUGUGGCAGCUUUGGAAAAAGAUUCUAGGGUCCAAGACAAGACAAGUGUGAUUCUACCUUCAAGAAAAAUAUACACUGUGACUCUGCCUCCUGAAGGUUAUGUACCAGUUGCUACUAAUGAAAACAGUAAAAGAUCCUCUGGAAGUGGUGCUGAGGACAGUAAUACUGAUGCUCCAGAGGAGAAUGAUAAAGAACAACUUCCAAGAAAGCGGCGGAGGAAAAAACGGAAGAACGUGUGUCAGACUCCUGCUGACGGACAUGGAAGUCCAGCAAAAUGUGGAGUGCAUGAAAACCCAAUUGGAGAUACAUUGCAGCCGCAACACAGGGACGGUCCAAACUUGACUCAAAACCAAAAGAGGAAAAUGAAAAAGAAGCGGCGGAAAGAAAAAAUGAGAGCAGCUGGAUUACUAGGAAAGCCCGUUGCUACCGAUUUCACAUAUAUGCCUGAAGAAAAGAGAGAAAGAGAGAUUGAAGUUGCAGAUAAAGUAGAUGACAUACUGGAUUUUUUGCAAGCAACACAGGAAAUCUAUUUUUCUGACAAGCUAUCAAACUCUGCAGAGUCAGCUGAGAGCUCCGGAAGCAUCCAUGAGGUUUUAAAGAGUCUUGAAUCUGGCAUGUUGUCAUCAUCAGAUAUUGCACGUCUUCGUCAAAUGAAAUCAUUCGUCCUUCUGCAGAAUGUGGAGGAACUAAAUAUUGCCCUGAAAGACCUCAGCACACAUUCAGAGAUGCCUCAUGGUUGUUUACUGUACAUGGUCCAGAAUGACACAGGAAAACAGUUGGUAAGAAGACAUUUCAAAACAAGAUAUGAAACCAGUGGAAAUGCAUAAAAGUAAUAUUUCCAAUUAAGAACUCGAAGACACUUUUAUUUACAUCAUUUCAUAUAUCAGGAAUGGGCAACCCAUUGGAUGAAGGUAUCAAGCAAUUUUCCCAACAGUCGUUUAUUCCCUUAGAAAUUGGGCUGUAAAUUUUAAGUAGAAAACAACUAUUUUUUUUGUUAGAAUUCAUGUGUGGUGCAUCGAAAAAGAGGAUGAGGUACUUCUUUGUAAGUUAUGUCUCUGUUUCUGCCUAAACUUCUAUAAUAAUUCUUUUAUAAUAAUUAUAAUAAUUGUUGCCACUCCUUAAACUUAAUAGCAUGAGUUUCUUCAGCAGCCCCCUCCAGCCCUCCUCAAACCUUGCUAAUCUGCAACUCUAUUUUACCCACUCAGUCUUUUUUUCUGAGUAAUAAGAUUAUGGGGAGAAAGAUCAAGCAUAAUAAUCAAUAUUGGAAUGGGGAAUGGAAUUAGAAUGGGGAGUGGAAUGGAGUGGGGUGGAGUGGAGUAGCCACUCUACUUGUAUAUUGGUUCCUUGCUCAUGUUUAAUGUUUAAUGUUUGAUGUUUUUGUAUUUUUGUUUUAUGAUCAUGUAAGCCGCCCAGUGUCACUUGACAGUGAGGUGGGCCACAUAUAAAUUUAUAA